AUGAACUAUCUUGGCGGAGUGUGCGACACUCUGAUGACUCUCAUCCAACGUGACCCUGACAUCUUCAACGUUCCACCCAAGUUGUUCGAACAUCAUAUGUAUGUCAACCGGCUCCAGUUGAUGGUGGUCAAUGGGCUCUCCAACGCAAGGGGAUCAAUCAAGGCAAAGCUCAAGGAAUCACUUGGGAAGAGGAAGAAAGGUGUAAAGACCCAGCCCCAGCCUGUCUCUGAGCUCGGCACCAGUCUUGCAGUGCCUGGAAUGGAGAUCAAGGGCUCCCAUUGGGCAUGA